CGCGCACCCUGCCCUCGCGGGUUGGGAAAGAAUUUAGCGGAGGGGAAAGGCGACGUGUGCGAGAAGCGACGGCGCAGGCGCCGCCGCCGCCGCCGCCGCCUCACAGUUGAACAGUCAUCGUCAACGUCACUGUCAUUCCCUCAGCAGCGCUUUCCCCCUUCUCUCCGCCUCCGCGGUUCAAGUGCUGUGAAGAGGAGGAGCGGGGAGAGGGGGAGUAUGGAAAGGAAGCGGGGCGGGGAACCGACGAAGGGUGGGGCGUCAGCCGUCCGCGGGGUAUUUUUGUUUGUCUCUCUUCAUUCGUUCGGAAUUGGAGAGGAGUAAGUGGAAGCCGAGAGGGGGAAGUGCAAAGGGCCGUUACGAGCUAUUUUGUUGAAAGAAAACAAAGAUAGACGUGUUGAGCCUUACGAAAAGUUCUGAAUAUCUAUUUUCCCCCUAACCAGCCAAAGAUCAUAAAAAAGGAUUUGCACAUUUUAAUGAUCUUUCGAUGGGACUAGUAAAAGUAUUAUACUAAUAUGGAUUUAGGUAUGUUAAUUAGCAUGGUCUGUUGGUUUCCAGGUGACUCAGUUUAUAAUAAGCCAGUCUUGGGUUUAUAAGAGCUGAGUAGGGCUGUUAAGGACAGGACAUUUUGGAGGGCGUUCAUAAAUGAGAGACGGCACAUGACAGCAACCACCGUUUGUAAUGACCGCUCCAUGGGGUUGCAAGCUUACAGCGUCGUCAGUAUGCAGAACCUCUAAGUCGUGUUGAACCAAAUAAGCAUAACACCAGAGCAUGGAACUGCACCAGCACCCUUGCGCUGACAGACAAAAGUAUGCUGAUAUGCUAGAUACUUCAUCUCCACCUCCUUAUCCUGGAAAUUGCUUAUGCAGUCUGGAGCUCAAACUGCCUUGUGAAAUACAGCCAGGAUGCCUAGAUGUGAAAAGCCAGCUGCCUCACCAAGAACUGUGGACAUUGAAGUUGACAAUGAAGAAGACAGUGCCGCUGAAAGUGAAGAAGAGCCAUCUCAGCAGAAGAAAGGAACAUCAAAUAGAAAGAGUAGAGGGGAAAAUGGAGCAGAUGAAGAGGAUGAAGAGGAGGAGGAGACCGCUGCAGAACGCAGGCGAAGAUACAGAAGGCGGAGGAUGCAAGGUGGUGAAAAAGAGGGCAGCGACUCUGAUGGAGAAGGCUGCAAAAGCAGGAAGAACAGAGCAAACCAGAAGACCAGGGAUGGGUCCAGGGAUGAGGAUGAUGAAGAAGAUGAGGAUGGGGACAGAAAAUGCAGGAGUGACAAGAAAAAGGGGAAGAAGAAGAAAAAGGACAAAAAGAGAAAAGGAUCAAGCUCUGAUUCUAGUUCGGAAGAGGAGCUUACCGAGGAGGAACUGGCCAAGCUGAAAGAAGCAGUAGAAGAGAAAAAGAAGCUGAUUGCUACUUUACGAAACAAGCCUUGGAAUAUGAAAAAGAAACUGCAAGUCUUGAAAGAUGCCCAGCGUUUUGUGGAAAAAUUUGAAGGUGCUCUUGGCAAAGGCAAAGGGAAGCAGUUUUAUGCGUAUAAAGUAAUGAUGAUGAAAAAAUGGAUGAAAUUUCAACGUGAUUUUGAGAAUUUUAGAACAGCCUGCAUUCCUUGGGAAAUGAAAAUAAAAGAAAUUGAAAGUCAUUUUGGCUCUUCAGUGGCAUCCUAUUUCAUAUUUUUGAGAUGGAUGUAUGGAAUAAAUAUAGUUUUGUUUGGGCUGACCUUUGGUCUUGUUAUGGUGCCUGAGGCACUGAUGGGGAAAGCAUAUGGGACGCUACCCAGAAAAACUGUGCCAAGAGCAGAAGAAGCAAGUGCUAUGAACUUUGCCACUUUGUGGGACUUCAGUGGCUUCGCUCAAUAUUCGGUGCUCUUUUACGGCUAUUACAAUAACCAGAGAACCAUUGGCUGGCUGAAGUUCCGGAUGCCUCUCUCCUACUUUUUGGUUGGAGUUGGCUCUAUUGCUUACAGCUUCAUGGUUGUCAUCCGCACAAUGGCAAAGAAUGCACAUGAUGAUGGCGGUGGUGAUGAUACAAGUUUUAACUUCAGCUGGAAAAUGUUCACCAGUUGGGAUUACUUGAUUGGCAAUCCUGAAACAGCAGAUAACAAAUUUGCAUCAAUCACAACAAGUUUUAAGGAAGCAAUUGUGGAGGAACAAGAGAGUCGUAAAGAGGAGAACAUUCAUCUGACCAGAUUCCUGAGGGUUCUUGCUAAUUUCUUUGCAUUGUGCACACUGGCUGGAAGUGGCUAUCUCAUCUACUUUGUUGUGAGGCGAUCUCAGAAGUUUGCUCUGGAAGGCCUUGAAAACUAUGGAUGGUGGGAGAGAAAUGAAGUAAACAUGGUCAUGUCCCUUCUUGGAAUGUUCUGCCCUACAUUAUUUGAUGUCAUCAGUGCCCUGGAAAACUAUCAUCCUCGAAUAGCCCUCCGAUGGCAGCUGGGACGCAUCUUUGCUCUAUUCCUGGGAAACUUAUACACAUUCAUCAUUGCUCUCAUGGACGAAAUCAAUCUCAAGCUGGAAGAAGAGAAGAUUGUAAAGCAGAAUAUGACCAUUUGGUUGGCCAAUCUAUACAAUGGGAGUCUCCCAGAAAACACCACCGCUUUUCCUAUCCAAGUGAACCCCGCAGAUGUCCCAAGAGGCCCCUGCUGGGAAACUAUGGUUGGUCAGGAAUUUGUGCGGCUAACAGUCUCUGACACUGUGACGACCUACAUCACCAUUUUAAUUGGAGAUUUCCUAAAAGCUGUCUUUGUCAGGUUUUUCAAUUACUGCUGGUGCUGGGACUUGGAGUAUGGCUUUCCUUCGUAUUCAGAAUUUGAUAUUAGUGGAAAUGUGUUGGGUCUGAUCUUCAAUCAAGGCAUGAUCUGGAUGGGCUCUUUCUAUGCUCCAUGCCUCCCAGCUAUCAAUGUCCUUCGUCUCCAUACAUCUAUGUACCUGCAGUGCUGGGCCGUGAUGUGCUGUAACGUCCCACACGAACGAGUCUUCAAAGCCUCAAGAUCAAACAACUUCUACAUGGCCAUGCUGCUGUUCAUUCUCUUCCUCUCCACUCUGCCGGUUGUCUACACAGUUGUCUCCAUUCCACCAUCUUUUGACUGUGGCCCGUUCAGUGGAAAAAACAGAAUGUUUGAGGUCAUUGGAGAAACCCUGGAGCAUGAUUUUCCUUCCUGGUUUCAGAAAGUCUUUAAUCUUGCCUCAAACCCUGGUGUGAUCCUGCCCUUCAUACUACUGAUGGUCCUGAGUAUCUACUAUCUCAAUGCCACAUCAAAAGGGUAUAAGGAUAUGAACAUGGAGCUCAAGAAGAAAUUGCAGAAUCAAGCAGAGGAGAACAAAAGGAGGAACAAACAAAAAGCCCAACAGCCCCAGGAUGCUGAAGAUAUCUUCGGCACUGAGCCUAAACAGAACACAUCUAAGGGAGAACCUGAGAAAGAAAAAGGAGAGACCAAGUCCAAGAAACAGGCAGCUCAAGAGCAGGAGGAAAAGCCUGGCGUCGCAAAUGGAAAAGACCCUCCUCCUCCCAGGGGUGCCCUUGCCCCUCCCCCACGGAUCGCAGUGACUCGGCCCCCAGUACCAAGAGGCUAUGGCAUGAAUGGGCAUCCCCCGGGAAAUCCACGGUUUGGAGGCUUUCAGCCAAGGAUGCCAGGACCACCCCUCAAUUGCUGAUCCAAAAAGCUUCCCAGCGGUUUGACAAGAGACCCUUCCCACGGCAUCACACCAUCCGCGACUCCAA